CGGAGAAAAGCGCUCCUCCCCGGCCGGCCCAGGCGAGCGGCAGGUUUGGCGGGUUUUCCCGGCCUGAGUCCCGCAUGGCGGAAGGGGAGGAAGCCCUGGAGGGGCUGGACGGAGGCACGCUGGAGGAGCUGAUGGAGAGGAGCUUCGUGGAAGAGCCUCCGGCGGAAAGGUUUCCAAAGAAAAUGAUCGGCUUCCCAGAUACGGUACUCCAAAGAGGUUUGAACAACAGAUACUGUGUGGUACAUGUUCAGGAUAAUGAAGAACUUGAGAAGCGUCUGACAAUCAUUUCUUCUCUGCUUGACGAUUCAGAGAGAGAACUGUGCAUCCUUCAGGAUGACUGGAUUUCUGUUCCAGUCCAGCCUGGAGAUAUCAUUCACUUAGAAGGAGAGUGCAAUUCUGGUACCUGGAUAAUAAAUGCAGAUGCAGGAUAUUUAAUUCUGUAUCCAGAUGUGCUACUUUCUGGCACGACAGUAUCAAAGAGCAUUCAGUGCAUGAGAAGAGCUGUACUGAGUGAAAAGUUCCGGAAAUGUGAACAUACUUCAAGUGCAAUGCUGGUAGGCACAAUUCUACAUGAAAUUUUCCAGAAAGCGGGAAUAAAUUUUACACAGGAGAAACUGAAAGAAAUUGCUUUCUCAGUUGUUCAUGGGCCAAAGUAUCUAAAAGAACUGUAUCAGUUAAAUCUGGAGCAAAAGGAUAUAAUGCAUGAGAUUGAGGAAUACUUACCAUCUUUUAUUAAAUGGGCAGAAGUCUAUACAUACAAACACAGCCAAAAUAAUGUGCAGUUAAAACCGCUAGGAGCUACUGGUAAAUCCUGUUAUAAUGUCAAAGUUACAGAAAUCCUGGAUGUUGAGGAGAAUAUCUGGUGCCCCAAGUUUGGCUUAAAAGGCAAGAUUGAUGUUACAGCUGGAGUAACCAUUCAUGAAAGAUCUAAAAUUCAGACCAGAAUAAUGCCACUGGAGCUUAAAAGUGGAAAAGAGUCUAACUCUGUAGAGCAUAGAAGUCAGGUAAUUUUGUACUCCUUACUGUGUCAAGAAAGGCGAGUUGAUCCUGAAGGUGGAUUUCUUAUAUAUCUGAAAACAGGCAAUAUGAUUCCUGUAGUAGGAAGUCGUAUGGAUAGGAGAGAACUGAUUAAACUGAGAAAUCAGUUGGCCUUCUAUUCUAUUCACAGCACAUAUAAAUCUAUAGGAAAAAAGCAAACACAGCUUGCCCCUCUACCUCCUUUGAUUAAUGAUAGCCAAGCAUGUAGCUAUUGUUCUCAGAAGCAGAACUGUGUACUUUACAGUAGGGCCGUAGAACACCAGAAAGAUGUCUCAAUACCUCAAGAUACGGUGGCUGCUAAUGAAAAGGAGAUCUGUCAUUUAAAGCCUUCUCACUUGGAAUAUUUCCACCUCUGGUAUUUAAUGCUAACUUUGGAGUCACAGUAUAAAGAUGGGAAAAAAGGGUGUAAAAAUAUAUGGAUGCUGCGUGCUGCAGAAAGAGAAAAACACGGGGACUGCAUUGGAAAUAUGAUCAGAAUGGAAAAUGUAGUAGAAGUUUCGGAUGGACAGUAUCUACAUUGGUUCCAGCGUAGAGAUGAUCGUGUGCCAAUCACAACUUUGAUGGUUGGGGACAGAGUUGUUCUAAGUGAUGAAGACAGCAGUUUGCUUGGCUUAUCUACUGGCUAUAUUCAGGAGAUUGAGAGAACCAAACUUUCCUGUUUAUUGGAUAGGAAUUUAUCUCAUCUCCCUGGGGAUACUGUAUAUAGAUUAGAUCAUGAGGAAGGAGAAUUUGGGAUAGGAGCUCCUUUAGCAAAUCUUUCUAAAUUAAUGGAAAAUUCUCCUGCCAGUGAAAAGCUUCGUAGCUUAAUAAUAGACUUCUACAAGCCACAGUUUGUUCAAUACUUGAGUUCCGUUCUUCCUCCAGAAGCAAAGGACACGGUUGCAAACAUUCUGAAAGGAUUGAAUAAACCCCAGAAACAAGCAAUGAAGCAAGUUCUCCUUUCAAAGGAUUACACCCUUAUUGUUGGUAUGCCCGGAACUGGAAAGACUACAACGAUUUGUGCUUUGGUUCGGAUUCUUUAUGCUUGUGGCUUCAGCGUUCUCUUAACUAGUUUUACCCAUACAGCAGUUGACAAUAUCCUUCUUAAGUUAGCCAAGUUCAAAGUAGGAUUUUUGAGGCUAGGAAGAGCUCAGAAGGUUCAUCCAGACAUAAAGAGGUUUACAGAAGAAGAGAUCUGCAGAUCAAAGUGUAUUAAAACUGUGGCUCAGUUGGAGGAACUAUACCAAAGUCAGCCAGUCAUUGCAACGACAUGCAUGGGAAUAAACCAUCCAAUCUUCACUCGUAAACGUUUUGACUUCUGCAUAGUGGACGAGGCUUCUCAGAUUAGCCAGCCCAUCUGCCUUGGCCCUCUUUUCUAUUCACUUCGAUUUGUGCUGGUGGGAGACCAUCAGCAGUUGCCUCCACUUGUGCAAAAUCCAGAAGCAAGAGAACUUGGCAUGAGUGAAAGUUUAUUCAAAAGGCUGGAACAAAAUAAGAAUGCUAUUGUGCGUCUAACUGUCCAGUACCGAAUGAACAGUAAAAUUAUGUCAUUGAGCAACAAGCUGGUGUAUGAUGGUAAAUUGGAAUGUGGCUCUGAAAAGGUGUCCCGAGCUAUCAUUGACUUGCCUAACUUAAAAAAACUAAAACUGGAAGAGUCUUCUUCAGAAACAUGGCUAAAAGAAACACUUGAUCCAAAUAAUCCCGUUUGUUUCCUUAACACAGAGAAGGUUGAAGCCCCAGAACAGACAGAAAAAGGUUGUAUAAGUAACAUGACUGAAGCCAGACUGGUGGUCUUCCUCACAUCCAUGUUUUUGAAGGCUGGUUGUAAGGCUUCAGAUAUUGGAGUCAUAUCUCCAUAUAGACAUCAAUUGAAGAUCAUUUCAGAUUUGAUGGCAGGCUCGUACCUCACUGAUGUAGAAGUAAAUACCGUGGACAGAUACCAGGGGAGAGACAAAAGUGUAAUUAUAGUAUCCUUUGUAAGAAACAAUGUGGAUGGAAAUGUUGGAGAACUUCUGAAGGACUGGAGACGUCUUAAUGUUGCCAUUACAAGAGCCAAACAUAAGUUAGUUAUGUUGGGCUGUGUACCAUCCCUUUGUCUCUACCCUCCUCUAAAGAAAUUACUUCAUCAUCUGAAGAAUGAAGCUAUGAUAUCCUUUCUUUUUCAUUUACAUAUAUUGUCUUUUUGGCCAGGCUGCUUAGAUGGAGACUUUUCAGGCCUCCUAAAUGAAGAUGAAAAAAUGUAAAAUGUUAAUCAACUGUUAAAUCUAGUCUGAAAGGACAAUGUUGCUUCUUUAUCACUUUCAUUUAAAGAAAAUGAAACCAGAUUUUUGGAAUUUUUUCUCAGAACAUUUGAAGUGAAUUGUGUUCUGAUUAGGCAAAAUUAAAAAUAUUUCUCUAAAAAAGAAACAAUGGAACUCAGCUUUUGGAAAGUAUAGGAAUUUUAUCCCUUGAUCCCUUAUUUUUUGAUCUCAGAGUAGAUAAAGUGUUUGUCUGUUUUGAAUAUUGUCUGCUAUCUCCUGACACAAACAUUAGCUAAAAGGAUAAUGUUUUUUUUUAAAUCAUCUCUCUGGAGAUGGUGGUGAGAAUUUGAUCUUGAGAAAAACAAAAUGUUCUACCAAAUCAGUUUCCAAAUCAGUGGUGAAAUUCAUCUGGAUCGUGCGAUCCAGUAGCGCUGGCGGUGGGAGGCUCCGCCCACUCGCCUGGACGUCAUCACGUCCCUGUGAGGCACGCAUGCUCACAUUUGUGAACCAGUAGGGAAAGGUAAGUAAAUUUCACCCCUGGUCCAAAUGUAUGCAAUAAGGUGCUAUCUCAUCACCUGCCCUAUAGAACACUAUUCUUAGGACAUUACUGCAGUUGGUGAGCAAAUAGGGAAUUAUUAUUGGGGAAUUACUGCUGACCAAGUCAUCCACCUAGCAUAGAAAUGGUUUGCUUUCCUUUUGCAAAAUGCCUGUGGAAGGAACCAACAAUGCCUCAUUAACUAGAGAGCUUCCAGUAUUACUUAGUGUAAGAGAUGGGAUGAAAGGUUGGACAACUGGCAGGCUUACCAACGAUGUCAGCUUCUGUCUUCAAUGCAGCACCAAUUUUGACUGUCACAAAUCUAUGCUUAAUCCCACCUUCCCCCACUCGUCCCAUCAACUAUCUCCAGGGAAUGGCAGUUGGGGCAAAAACUGCUUGCUGCUUCUAAUACCAUUUCCUUGCUUUCGUGGCUUGAAGGAAGCAUUAACCCUGGUUGAGGAAACCCCAUUUGGAAGCGGAGCACUCCUCACUCAUGCGUAAGAGAAGACUUUGAUACGGGAAGAUUGUAUUUGCACUGAAAUCCACCUUUCCAUCUAUGGAGGCAAUUUAGCAUGGUCUGCUCAUUCUUCCAGAGGCUUAAGUUCACUGUUAAAUCUGAGACCCCAACCUUUUAAGGCACCGGGGACUGAUUCCACGGAGGGCGAUUUUUCCACUGACCAGGGGGUCAGCGAUGUGGUUUUGCGCACUGCCUGCAUCCCAUGUGUGUGUGGAUGGGGCUUCAUUUGCUUGCAUGGCCCAGUUCCUGGUGGGCCGCGGACCGAUGGCAGUCCGCAGCCCGGAGGUUGCAGGACCCCUGUGUUAAAUAUUAUAGAAACUGGAUUUAGGUAGAAGUUGAACCCUUAAUAGAGAUAGAAACACUGCAAUUGCUGAUAACAGGAGUAAAUAUGGGGUUUAUAAUUAUCUGAAAAGUAUGCAGGCCAGGGCAUUCUUCCAUGGGACUAAGUCUCUUAAACAUAUUGGCAGCAAUAGAUUGCGUUCCUUAUGUGUCUUUUUUUAAGUUAAUGACACAUUUUAAACUCAAUGGGAAUUUAACAGUUCUGAGAAGAUGCUUCCUCUUUAGCUCCAUGUUCUGCUUCAUUUUAUAGGUAGUCCUCAUUUACUGACCGCGGUUGAGACUGGCACCUCUGUUGCUAAGUGACAUAGUUGUAAAUUGAAACAUGUGGCUGCCUCUGGCUUAUGAUUGCACUUUGUCCCUUCUGGCUGUGUUCUUUAAGUGCAUCAUCCACUGUUCUUAAGUGCGACAUCAUGUAGCUGUGACUUGCAACUUCCUGCUUCCCUAUUGAUUUUGCUUGUUAGAAGCCAGUUGUGAAGGCUGCAAAUAAUGAUGAUGGGUUGCUGUGACUAUCAUAAAUGCACACUGGUUUCCAAGUGCCUGAAUCACAGUUACAUGACUGCAGGGACACCAUAACUUUGAAUGAUCACUGAAGGAAUGGUCAGUUAGUGUGGAUUACCUGUAUAUGUAAUGAUUCAAAAAAUAGGAUGGUGUAAGCCAGAUACCUAAAUAUUACAUAGGUUAAGCAUUAAAACCGGACACAAUUUUCAUAGUACUUGAACUAAAAACAUGUUUUCCUUAAUUGUUUCUUACAUUUUCAAUAUUCCUUUAGGAGCAUAGGAACACGUUUUACAUUGUAAACUCUUAUGACAAACAGACACUGAGGAGAAAAUCUUCACUAAUAUGAAGCUGAUACACUGAAUUCUGCCAGAAGGUACUAAACUGGAUUGUUCCAGCUUGCUGUUUUACACACUAAUGAUGCCUUAAAUAGCUAUUUGGGCAUUUUAAAAAUAGAUCUUAAAGGAUUAUCACAGUGUUAUCUAUUUGUAUUUUUCCCACAUUGAAAAAUAGUAUCUAUCUAAUUGAGUAUUUUGAAUUCCUUUGAUGAAGAUUUUGUGCCCACAAGUGUGAGUAGCUUUAGCUUUUUAUACAGAAAUCUUAAAGUAUGCAAAUUUAACUUCUCACUUCAGUUAAGCAUGAAUUGACCCAAAACCUCUACUGUUAAAAUUGAUUUGUUUAUAGUACGUUUUCCUCUAUGCCAUAACUAUUCAAGAAACGUUCUAGACAUUGUUUCAAAGCCUGAUCCCCACUUAACUAUGGUUUUUCCCCCCUAUGUUAAACAUUUAUUUUAAGAUAAAUAUUUAUUUGGCACAGCAAUGAUGCAAUUUUAGUAAGGAUGUUUGAAAUGCUCUUUUCUAAUGUUAACAUAAUUUUUUGAAGAAAUAGAACUGUGCACCUUGAGCUCAUUGCAUUUCUAAUGCCGUUUAUUGAAGCAGUGUACGAAUUCAAUUUUAUGUGUAUGGAAAUAUAUCCUACACUAAAGCUACCUCUUGAAUGAUACGUUUAACUUUCCUUUGGAUUGAUUGUUGUAUUAAGCCUCAAACUGCACUAAAAUCAAAUUCUUUUCUACGUAUAUUUUUGUAAUACUUUUUAUCUCAUAUAUGGAACAUUCUUAAAUACUCAUCUGUUUUUGUAAUACCUGUAAUAAAAUUAAUAUGAUAUAAACAUA